AUGACGGCUGCCUCGCCGUCGCCGAGCAGUUGCGCCGUCUCCUCCUCCGUGGCCGUCGUGCUGCUGGCGCUACUCGCUGCCUCGGCGUCAGCGGCGGCGGAGAAGGAGACGCACCUGCGGUUCUACUGGCACGACGUGAUGAGCGGGGCGAGCCCGACGGUGGCGCGGGUGGCGGAGGCCGCGACGACCAACGCCUCCGCCACGAGCUUCGGCGCGGUCUACGUCAUGGACGACCCGCUCACCGUGGGGCCCGACCUGGCGACGGCGUCGUCGAGGGUCGUGGGCCGCGCACAGGGCAUGUACGUCUGCGCCGGGAAGGACAGCCUGUCGCUGCUCAUGGCCAUGACCUUCGUGUUCGGGGACGGCAGCGCCUACAACGGCAGCAGCGUCGCCGUCGUCGGGCCCAACCAGGCGGCCAUGGCCGUCAGGGAGAUGGCCGUGGUCGGCGGGACCGGCGCGUUCCGGUUCGCGCGAGGCUACUGCCAGGCCCGGACCUACUCGUUCGAUGCCAAGACCGGCGAUGCAACUGUCGAGUACAACGUCUACCUCCGGCACAACUAG